UCACCAUGCAAACUCAUCAUCAUCAGUACUACUCAUUAUCUUGUGUGAGUACUAGUGAGAGUAUCUCCUGCAGCAGUUUAGAAGAUGAAGAUUCCAUUUUCCUUUCUCUUGCCCCUCCUGGCCACCAACAAAUACCACCAGCUCCUCCCAAACUCUCAUCAUCCACCACUACUAUCCCUCCUCCCCUUCAACAAAAUACUAUCUCUCCUCUUCAUGAUCAUACUUUUGCUGUAAAUGUAGCACUUUCUUCCCCUCUCCUCCACAUUUCCCUUAAUCCAACUUCCACUUCCGAACCACCUCACAAUCCCAUUCCUCAAUACUGGAUCCCUUCUCCUUCCCAAAUCCUUAUUGGUCCCACCCAAUUCUCCUGCUCUGUCUGCAACAAAACCUUCAACCGUUUCAACAACAUGCAGAUGCAUAUGUGGGGACAUGGAUCACAAUAUAGAAAAGGACCUGAAUCUCUAAAAGGCUCAAAACCAACAUCAUCAUCUUCAUCAAUGUUGAAACUACCCUGCUAUUGUUGUGCUGAGGGAUGCAAAAACAACAUAAACUAUCCAAGAUCAAGACCAUUGAAAGAUUUCAGGACACUUCAAACACACUUCAAGAGGAAACAUGGAGGGAAAACAUUCGAGUGCAGGAAGUGUAGGAAACCAUUUGCUGUGAGAGGUGAUUGGAGAACACAUGAGAAGAAUUGUGGCAAGCUUUGGUUCUGUAUCUGUGGUUCUGAUUUCAAACAUAAAAGAUCACUUAAAGAUCAUGUUCGUGCUUUCGGUAAUGGCCACGCUCCACAUACAUUGGAAUCUUUGAGCUUUGAUCAUGAAUAUAAAGCAAAUGAAAAUUUCAAAGAAGAAGAAGCAAGUGGAAGUGAAGAUCAAGAUGAAGAAGAUAAUAACAGGCUGUUCAAUGUUGCUUUAUUAUGUGAUUUAAAGGGAAAAGAGAGAGUAACGUAACAAAGGUAUAGUGAUGAAGAGUAAUCAGUGACUGCAGAACAGAACAGACACAGUGUAGAUUCUGAGGUUGAAGAAGCACCACUUGUUUGUAACGCUUAGAUGAAGUGUUAGUGUCAGUGAGAGUAAAAGAUGGACCACUAUAAUGCAUGCUUCUGCUUUUAGUGUUUCACUCAAAUGGUUUUCUUUUGCCUUUUCAGAAA